AUGGGUUCGCCAAUAUCCAGCCUGGUUGCAGAACUAGUCCUGCAGGAACUGGAAAAAGUCGCCUUCGACCACUAUGAACCUGCAUUUUGGCGCCGGUACGUGGAUGACACGUUCGUCAUAAUUGAAAAGAGUAGACUGGCCGACUUCCAAGACCUGCUCAACGGCAUCUUCCCAGACAUCCAGUUCACAAGGGAAGAAGAGCAUGCCGAACAGCUGCCUUUCCUUGACGUCCUCGUCACACGCACACCCAACGGCGAACUCAACACCACGGUGUACAGAAAGGCGACUAACACGACUCAGAUUCUCAACUACCACAGUAACCACCCAAUGGCGCAUAAACGCAGCUGUGUUAGGACACUCUUCCAGAGAGUAAAAACGCACUGCAGUGAACCAGAGGGACGAGCACGAGAACUUCGGCAUCUUCGGGACCAACUGGCAAGGAAUGGAUACCCGAACAGCUUCGUCAGCCGCUGCCUCCGCACGCGCCCACGGCGAACAAACGGAGGAGAGCCACCAACACUCUGGCACCCUCUGCCGUAUAUAAAGAACGUAUCCGAAGCGAUGGAACGUAUCGCUGGAGAGCUCGGCGUGGGUAUCGCUCACCGUCCGACAGCGACCAUGCGCAGCAAAAUCAUGCAAGUGAAGGAUCGCCUAGACGUGGGUGAACAAUCGGGCGUCGUCUAUCAGAUCCCAUGUCGGGACUGCCCUCGCCACUACACUGGACAAACCGGGCGACGACUCAGCUCACGAAUGACGGAGCACAAACGGGCGGUCCGGAGAGGCGACCCGUUGUCUCAGGUCGCCACUCACACCCUGGAGGAAGGCCACGAAUUCAACUUCGCGAGCACGCGGAUAGUGGCGCGGGCCAGCAAUAAGACAGGACGAGAACUGUUAGAGGCCUGGGUCUCGGACACCAACGCUAUCAACAGGCAUGUUGAUAUACCCCCCUGCUAUCACGCGCUCCGUUCCCGCGGCCAAGGGGCGAGACCCAAUUUCCAGCCAAGGGUGCACGCAGUCACGCCACCGUGA